AUGACAAAUUUAAUUGAACAAAAAAAUUUAUAUAAUUCACCAUGUGAUGAAAUAUCAAAAAUAAAAAAAAAUCGAGGACUUGGACCUGAAUUUAUUUAUCCAUUUAUUGUACUUUUUUUUGCUACUAUUCUACGAAAAUUACUUAGACAUUAUCAUAUUUCAUUACCAUAUACAGUUAUAUUAAUGCUUGUUGGUGCUGUACUUGGUGGUUUUUAUCAAUAUGAACUUAUUAAACGAUUUACAUUUAUUGCUGAUUUAACACCUGUUCAAAUUCUUUCAAUAUUUUUACCUAUAUUAAUAUUUGAAAGUGCAUUUUCAUGUGAUCCACAUAUUUUUAUUAAAUGUCUUGGACAAAUUCUUACAUUAGCUAUAUUAGUUCUCGAAGAAGAUGCAGCCGAUCCGUCUGAUAUUUUUACCGCGGAUACUUAA